AUGUCGUUUAUCACGUUAACCUUUGAGUGUAUUGAAAAGCACUAUGGGCCCUUGACGUAUGAAAAUUUCGCCAAUUUUAUAAAGGAUAUGUUCUAUAUGGAUCGACCGGAUAUCGUCCGCCACACGCCCCGCAUUUUCCGCACUUUGGAUGCGAAGCGUCGGGGGGAGAUUAGCUUUGAGGAUUUGUGCAGUUGGUUCGCGAAGAAACUGAGCUGUGGGGGGAACCUGAAGCCGGAUGCGCACUUUUUGGCGAUCGCCAUGACGCUACGGCUUCCAUUGGCGCUGGUUCUUAAUCAGAAACCACUUUGGCAGGGGAAGAGAUGCGCGUUUGAUUCUUUUUCAGAUGGGGAUAUUGAAUACUAA